AUGUCCGCUGCCAGACCUGUUCUCAACGUCUACACCGAGUGUGGUAAGAACGUCGCUUCUACCGUCCCUCUUCCUGCCGUUUUCAAGGCCCCCAUUCGUCCUGACAUUGUCAACUUUGUCCACACCAACAUGGCCAAGAACAAGCGUCAAGCUUAUGCUGUCUCUGAUAAGGCUGGUGAGCAAACCUCUGCCGAGUCUUGGGGUACUGGUCGUGCUGUUGCUCGUAUUCCUCGUGUCAACGGUUCCGGUACUCACCGUGCUGGUCAAGCCGCUUUCGGUAACAUGUGUCGUGGUGGUCGUAUGUUCGCUCCUACCAAGACCUGGAGAAAGUGGCACAUCAAGACUAACCUCAACCAAAAGCGUUUCGCUACUGCUUCCGCUUUGGCCGCCUCUGCCCUUCCUUCUUUGGUUAUGGCCCGUGGUCACCGUGUUGAGAAGAUUGAGGAAGUUCCUCUCGUUGUUGCUGACUCCAUUGAGAAGUUGACCAAGACCAAGGAAGCUGUUGCUUUGUUGAAGUCUCUCAACGCUUACUCUGAUGUUGUCAAGGUCUCCAACUCCCGUAAGCUCCGUGCCGGUCAAGGUAAGCUCCGUAACCGUCGCCACAGACAACGUCGUGGUCCUCUCGUCAUCUACAACGAGGACAACGGUCUCGUCAAGGCUUUCCGUAACUUGCCCGGUCUCGAGCUCGUUAACGUUCGUCGUCUUAACCUCUUGCAACUCGCUCCUGGUGGACAUCUCGGUCGUUUCAUCAUCUGGACUCAAUCCGCCAUUGCUCUCCUCGAUGAGCUCUACGGUACCUAUGAGGCUCCCGCUACCUUGAAGAAGGACUACGUUUUGCCUGCUCACAUCAUGACCAACCCUGAUGUUGCUCGUCUCAUCAACUCUGAUGAAAUCCAAUCCGUUGUUCGUCCCGCCGGUAACAAGCACCACAAGCGUCCCUUCACUCAAAAGAAGAACCCUCUCAAGAACCAAGGUGUUAUGAACCGUCUUAACCCUUACGCUCAAGUCCUCCGUCGUGCUGAGCUCGUCAAGGCUGAGAAGGUUGCUGCCGGUAAGGUUGCCAAGGUCCAAAAGAAGAAGACCCCCAACACCGUUGCCUCCAAGAAGUUCUUGGAAACUCUCCGUGCCGAUUAA